CUUCACACCAAACACAAACAAUUCGACUCCGAAAACCAAGCUAAAAUCCCAACAAAACGCAAAAACUUAUAGAAACAAGUUAUCAUGGGGCUAACUAACAUCUGGUACUGCCUAUCAUGCAAGACCUCUCAAUACCGCUCUAUCUCUGCUGUUCGUCCAUGCAAAUAUUGCAAUUUCAUGAUGAGUAUCUGGCAUGAGCCUGGAUGUAUUCCCGCUGUGCCGGUAUAUAUUGGUGCUACAACUAGUAUUACCAAGGAUGUGGCUUCUAGAUCCGUUGAGCAAACAGUAGAUGAUGAAAAGGGAAAUGACAAAUCUGCUAUGGGCUGGUGGGGUUCUCGUGGUUAGGGAAUUUUUGGCCUAGUUACUAGUACUGGGGUCGUAGUUGGGAGUGACAAGAUAGGAUUAUGGGUAAUGGGGGAUAGCACAUGGUAGUGAUGGGUCAAUAGGACUGGGGAGUUAAGUUAGCCUCGGUUGAUAAGUGGAUUUUGAAUUGUUCUUCAAUAAAUGCAAGGUUUUAGAUACAUAAGGAAUUAAGAUGAUUAAUUAGGAGUGAGGUUUGAAUGAAAUAUACUAAUUAAUCAAUAUUACACUGUUUAUCAAAUCACUCAAUCUUGAUCAUGUAAUAAAU